ACGCUUCGUCAUCUCCGCAGUCACCAGAGUAAUAAUAUAGUGAAAAGAGCUGGACCGAAAAGCCGAAGAGCUUCCCACUGCCAAUUCACAUGACACCAGUGGAUUCCUACAUAAUCUGUCUCUAUUUUAAAAGAUUGCGCACAUAUCGUGCUGACCAACAGGUAUGGUUGUCGUCCACAACGUUGCCCAAAGUGGUUUUGGCGCUGGGACGAACGAACUCUAUGACCGAGCACGCCCAUCGUAUCAAUCCAAUGCCUUGUCCGCGAUAAGGGAGGCAGUGAAAGCUUCGCCUCCGUUCAAUGUCGUCGAUAUCGGUGCUGGCACAGGUCUGUUCACCAAAGCACUCCUCAAGCAUACAGAUUUCUCCAGCACAAUCAAAGAACUGAGGGCCAUGGAGCCUAGCGCUGGAAUGCGUGACAUCUUUGUCAAAACCGUUGAAGAUGAGCGCGUCUCUGUGAGGGAGGGAACUUUUGAUACCACCAAUAUCGAAGACGGCUGGGCCGACCUUGUCACAAUUGCUCAGGCAUUUCAUUGGUGCCCGGACUUUGAUGCUGCUUCCGCCGAGUUUGCUAGAAUCUUGAAGCCAAACGGCAUCGUAGCUAUCAUCUGGAACGUUGCUGAUAGAGAUGCGGCGCGAUGGGUCGCUCAACUAAGGGCCCAAGUUGAACAGCAUGAACCAGCGGGCACUCCCCAACAGCGCCAAAAUCUAUGGCGCAACGCUUUCGACACAGAAUCUUAUAAGAAGGCCUUCCAACCUCCAGUUGAGAAGACUUGGGCGUAUACCUUACCCUGCGAUGUUUCGCUCGCGGUUGACAGAGCCACUACUACAAGCUACAUCCAGAAUUUGCCAGCCGAUGCCAAGUCUAAAGUAUUGAACGAAAUCAAGACCAUUGUAGAGCGAGGCGAUGAUAAAGUCUGGAUCAAUGAGAGCGAAGGCACGUUCGAAUAUCCUUACCAGACUCUGUUGGUUAUCGCACAGAAGAAAUAAUAACAUCAAAUGAGUGUAUUCCAAUAAUUUCCUUGAGGUCUAAUUGAAAGUGUCAGGGAACUCAUCAGAACUGUUGCUGAAAGCCGU